AUGCUGAGAGUCCGGAAAAAAGGUUGCUUUGGGAUUUGGUCGUUGCCUUUAAUAAUAACAGUGGUGUGUGCACAGAGUGCUAAUGAUCCCAGCAAUAUGUCGCUGGUAAAAGAGACCGUGGAUAGACUGCUGAAAGGCUACGACAUUCGACUGAGGCCAGAUUUUGGAGGUCCCCCUGUGGCUGUUGGCAUGAACAUAGAUAUUGCCAGUAUAGACAUGGUAUCAGAAGUCAAUAUGGACUAUACCUUGACAAUGUACUUUCAGCAAGCAUGGAGGGAUAAGAGGCUUUCGUAUAAUGUAAUACCUUUAAAUCUUACACUGGACAAUAGAGUAGCAGAUCAGCUUUGGGUUCCUGAUACCUACUUCCUGAAUGAUAAGAAGUCAUUUGUGCAUGGUGUCACUGUGAAGAACAGGAUGAUUCGUUUACAUCCAGAUGGCACAGUUCUCUAUGGUCUCAGAAUUACAACAACAGCUGCAUGUAUGAUGGACCUACGAAGAUAUCCACUAGACGAACAAAAUUGCACACUAGAGAUAGAGAGCUAUGGCUACACAACAGAUGAUAUUGAAUUUUAUUGGCGUGGGGGUGAUAAUGCAGUUACAGGCGUGACCAAGAUUGAGCUGCCACAAUUCUCCAUUGUAGAUUACAAACUUAUCACCAAGAAAGUUGUUUUCUCAACAGGUUCCUACCCAAGGCUGUCUCUCAGUUUUAAACUUAAGAGAAACAUUGGCUACUUCAUUCUGCAGACUUACAUGCCCUCCAUUCUGAUCACUAUUCUUUCCUGGGUUUCCUUCUGGAUUAAUUAUGAUGCCUCAGCUGCAAGAGUGGCUUUAGGGAUCACAACGGUGCUGACAAUGACAACCAUCAACACCCAUCUCCGAGAAACACUACCCAAAAUUCCCUAUGUGAAAGCCAUUGACAUGUAUCUGAUGGGAUGCUUUGUCUUCGUGUUCAUGGCCCUUCUGGAAUAUGCAUUGGUCAACUACAUCUUUUUUGGCAGGGGACCACAACGUCAGAAGAAAGCAGCAGAAAAAGCUGCCAGUGCUAACCAUGAGAAAUUACGAAUGGAUGUCAACAAGAUCUUUUAUAAAGAUAUAAAACAAAAUGGGACCGAAUUGCGAUCCCUGGAUCCCACUGGAAAUCUCUCCCCAACUAGAUGGACUGCCAGUUACGAUUACUCUCUUAAUACGAUGGAUCCGCAUGAAAACAUUCUGUUGAGUACCCUUGAAAUUAAAAAUGAGAUGGCAGCCUCUGAAGCUGUUAUAGGUCUUGGGGACCCUAGAAGCACUAUGCUGGCCUACGAUGCCUCAAGUAUCCAGUACCGGAAGGCUGGCUUACCAAGACACAGCUUUGGCCGUAAUGCCCUGGAGCGGCAUGUGGCACAAAAGAAAAGCCGACUACGGAGACGUGCUUCUCAGUUGAAAAUUACCAUCCCUGACUUGACUGAUGUAAAUGCCAUAGAUCGAUGGUCCCGCAUAUUCUUCCCUGUUGUUUUUUCCUUCUUCAAUAUUGUCUAUUGGCUUUAUUAUGUGAACUAA